AAAGUCACAGUUUUUAAUUGUCACUGAACUUGUUGAGCAGUUCCAUCAUAACUUUUAAGUUUCCUUUACAAACAUAAAUUACUCACCGUUUCACUUCAGUGUUUCAACGCGUUUUUGAAAGAAAAACAAAAUCCGAAAAAAAAAUGAUUUUCUCCGUACGAUCCGGUAUUGUAUUGUUUGUGGUGCUUAGUAUUAGUCUAGCUGUGACAAGUUUUCCAUUUAAGAACGGAAAUGCACAAUAUUGGCAGAGAAUGUGUGAUAACAUGGAGGAAGUUACAGACAACUCCACAUGCAAAGAUGGGGUGUGGAGGAAUCCGUGCGGAAAAGUGGCUUGUCUAAAUGGAGUAGCAGGUGAUUGUGAUGAAGCUGGAUCAUCGUUUCGGUUCGGUAAAUGUGCUCAUACCCUCUUCUGUAGGUGUGGAAAAUGUCAAGGAUGCUUGAAAGGAGCGUGCUACUCUGAAUUGUGUAACCAUCGAACACCAUAUGCAAAGCGAAUGAACAGUUUUCCAGUCGAAUACGUAAACUACUAUAACGAGUACUAAGAUGGAAUUUGAGAACUUACUUAGACCACCAUUUUCCGGCAAACUUAUUUAAAUUUCAAAACGGAAACCAAUAAUGCUAUUGUGAUGUUAUUUUUUCUAAACAAUUAAUAAUAAAUAAAAGAAAUCAGAGAAGAAUAACCAACAA